GUAUACCAAAACAGAUUUAUCUAUAUUAUUAAAAAGCAUUUUAUUAAAAUAGUUCUGAAUAGCUUCAUUCAAAUUUAGGUGUUGCAGGAAUAACAAUAUUCAUUUUGUCUGGGAGUUUGUAUUUAAAUAAAAAACCAGUUAAAUGUUCAAAUGGGUCUGUAAUUUUGGUGAAAAAGAAGUGAACAAUGAAUCAGUUUUUCUGAAGUUAAUUUCCUAGUGUAUUACCUAAUUCAUUAUCUUAACUGGAAAAUCUACACUUCUAAAAGGCUGACUAGGUUAUAAUAAAUCUGAAAAAUAAAUCAGUGUUUUUUGAAGAAACAAUAGAACAGAAAGGAGAGCAGCUGUACUUUAAUAUUGAUAUUUGUUUUGAGGAAUAUUGAGAUCUUUAUAGGAAGCUUACCUAGAUAUCAUUAUCUUUAUCUUUAGAUAUCAUUAUCAGCCCUUAGAUUAAGGUCUGUUUUGAACUUAGAGGACUCUUGGCUGCUGUUUUCAUCCAUUUGUAAUUAUUUGCUAUUAUUAUUUAACCUUUACAUACCACCUAUAGAUGUGUGCUUAUUAUAACUAGGUAGAUAGCAAUGUUGCUUCUGUGAGCCUAGAGGUGCCCAGUAAACACAAGGUUUGCAUUGUCAUCACUUAGUAACCUGCUAGCUGCUAAGAACCCCCCUGGACCUAGGGAAGGUGGUGCUCUGGAACUAUCAGAAUUUCUAGGUCUCAUUGCCAAGGCAGGGAUGGCCCUGAUUUUCACUGAAUGGAGUCGUACAGUCAGCCGUUCUUUUGGGAUUAAAACUCAUCAAGACAGCCUUUUUUCUGCUUUUAUUGGGGCUUAAUCAAGGAUCGAUUUGAGUAUCUUCCCUUUUCUUUCAAACUUUAAAAAAAUGCACCAGACUUCUGUUGAUUUGUUUGAAAUUAUUUAAAUCACUUCCAAGACAGUUUUCCUCUUGUAUUUUUUGUACUCUUAUUUUUUGUACUUGGUAAGGUUGUGAAAUCAUGAUGGGAUUGUGUUCUCCUCUUUCUUCCUUUAUGCUUUUGUGGGGACUUCAAAGAAGAAUAAUGAACAUCUAUCCUUCCCCACUCCCUCUCCCACAUGCAGAGGUUACAGUUGUGGAAAGGAUAAACCAUGGACAAUUUUAAUUCAAGGAUUUAAAUCUAUGAUCAUCAAUGGGGACUUUGUGUUUAAAACUCAUCUAUAGUUAAGAAACUACUACUGAUGAUGAUGAUGAUGAUGAUGAGGCGGCUGUGUCACGAGUAGAGGUCACAGUAAUGAAAGGCAGUAAUAGAAAUAAAGAUCAUUCAGCAGAAGGAGAAGGGGCUGGAAAGCGACCAAAACGAAAGUGUCUUCAGUGGCAUCCAUUGCUAGCAAAGAAACUUCUUGACUUUUCAGAGGAGGAGGAAGAGGAAGACGAAGAAGAGGAUAUUGAUAAAGUUCAAUUUCUUGGGGCCGAUGGCCUAGAGCAAGAUGUUGGUGAGACUGAAGAUGAUGAAUCACCAGAACAGCGAGCCCGGAGACCAAUGAAUGCAUUUCUUUUAUUUUGCAAACGCCAUCGCUCCCUUGUACGUCAGGAACACCCCAGGCUUGAUAACCGAGGUGCUACCAAGAUACUAGCUGAUUGGUGGGCUGUUCUCGAUCCAAAGGAAAAGCAGAAAUACACAGACAUGGCCAAGGAGUAUAAAGAUGCAUUUAUGAAAGCAAAUCCUGGCUACAAAUGGUGUCCUACCACAAACAAGCCUGUGAAAUCCCCAACACCCACUGUCAAUCCACGAAAGAAACUUUGGGCCUUCCCAUCUGAAUCUUCAAGAGAUUUGCCAAGCCCCAAGAAAGCAAAGACUGAAGAAAUGCCUCAGCUUAACUUUGGAAUGGCUGAUCCUACUCAAAUGGGAGGCCUGAGCAUGCUGCUGUUAGCUGGAGAACAUGCUCUUGGCACACCAGAGAUAUCCUCUGGCACAUGCAGGCCUGACGUUCCAGAAUCCCCUGAAUUGCGUCAGAAGUCACCAUUGUUCCAGUUUGCUGAGAUAUCUUCAAGUACAUCCCACCCUGAAGCUCCUACAAAACAGUGUCAGCCUUCGGCCUUGUUUCAGUUUGCAGAGAUUUCUUCAAACACUUCGCAGUUGGGUGGUGCUGAGCCUGUGAAACGCUGUGGAAAGUCUGCACUCUUUCAACUGGCAGAGAUGUGCCUGGCAUCCGAGGGGGUGAAAAUGGAAGAAUCAAAGCUAAUAAAAGCAAAAGAAUCAGAUGGUGGACGAAUUAAAGAAUUAGAGAAGGGAAAGGAAGAAAGAGAAAUAAAAAUGGAGAAAACAGAUGAAGUCAGGUUACAGAAGGAAGCAGAAUUUGAAAAAUCAGCUAAGGAAAAUAUAAGAGAUUCUAAGGAAUUAAGAAAUUUUGAUGAGCUACAAAUGGAUGAUAUAAUGGCUAUAAAAAUGGAAGAUCCCAAAGAAAUUAGAAAGGAAGAAUUAGAAGAUCAAAAAUGUAGUCACUUCCCUGAUUUUUCAUACUCUGCCAGUAGCAAGAUAAUAAUAAGUGAUGUUCCCAGUAGAAAGGAUCACAUGUGCCAUCCUCAUGGAAUUAUGAUCAUUGAGGAUCCCACAGCAUUAAACAAACCAGAAAAACUAAAGAAGAAAAAGAAGAAAAGCAAAAUGGAUCGACAUGGAAAUGAUAAAUCCAUACCCAAGAAGACUUGCAAAAAGAGGCAGUCUUCAGAGUCUGACAUUGAGAGUGUCAUAUACACCAUUGAAGCUGUUGCAAAAGGAGACUGGGGCAUUGAGAAACUUGGAGAAACCCCUCGCAAGAAGGUCCGCACGUCCUCAAGUGGCAAGGGAAGCAUUUUGGAUGCCAAGCCACCAAAGAAAAAAGUGAAAUCAAGAGAGAAGAAAAUGUCAAAGGAGAAAUCCUCAGACGCCACCAAAGAGUCAAGACCUCCAGAUUUCAUUAGUAUUUCUGCCAGCAAGAACAUUUCUGGUGAGGUGCCAGAGGGUAUAAAAGCAGAACUGUUGUCCCCCACAGAGGAUGCACUACCACCCAGCCUAUCGGGACAGACCAAGCCUGAAGACAGUGACUGUCAUAGAAAGAUAGAGACUUGUGGCUCCAGGAAAUCCGAGAGGUCUUGCAAAGGUGCUCUUUAUAAAACCCUGGUGUCUGAGGGCAUGCUCACCUCUCUGCGAGCCAACGUUGACAGAGGAAAACGAAGCUCAGGAAAAGGAAACUCCUCUGAUCAUGAAGGGUGUUGGAGUGAAGAAAGCUGGACAUUUAACCAGAGUGGGACCAGUGGAAGCAAGAAGUUCAAGAAAACGAAGCCAAAGGAAGACUCUCUCCUUGGCUCUGCAAAGCUGGAUGAAGAAUUCGAAAAAAAAUUCAACAGCCUUCCUCAAUAUAGCCCUGUUACAUUUGACAGGAAAUGUGUACCUGUCCCAAGAAAAAAGAAGAAGACUGGAAACACAUCCUCAGAACCGACUAAAACCAGCAAAGGUCCUUUCCAGUCUCAGAAAAAGAACUUAUUCCACAAAAUUGUCAGCAAAUAUAAGCACAAAAAGGAGAAGCCUAAUGUUCCGGAAAAAGGAAGUGGGGAAAAAUGGUCAAACAAGCAACUCUUCUUGGAUGCCAUUCACCCUGCAGAAGCCAUAUUUUCAGAAGACAAAAACACCACAGAGCCUGCUCAUAAGGUUAAAAAUACCCCAUCCAUUCCCAACACUCCAGAGCCAACAACGACACAAGAACCUUUGGUGGGCAGCCAAAAGAGAAAAGCAAGGAAAACCAAGAUCACACACCUUGUCAGGACAGCAGAUGGCCGGGUAUCACCAGCAGGAGGCACGUUGGAUGACAAACCAAAGGAACAACUGCAGAGGAGUCUCCCUAAAGCAGCCGAGGCAGACUGCAAUGACGAAUGCUCCCACAACACGGAGGUGGAGGAGAUGCGGAGCAGUACUCCUGAAAUGCCUGCCGUGUCUGCCUUCUUUAGCCUCGCUGCGCUGGCUGAAGUGGCAGCCAUGGAGAAUGUGCACAGAGGUCAGAGGUCAACUCCGCUCACCCAUGACGGACAGCCAAAAGAAAUGCCACAGGCUCCUGUACUUAUUUCCUGCGCUGACCAGUGAAGCGCCCUUUACUUGUAAAACAUUGUGCUUUACCUACUACCCUAGCCUUGUCUUUACCAAGGGAUGCUAGUGAGGCCAUGUGGUGGGAAAUAGAGACUGCAAACAAGUGCUUGUUGCCCUACUCGGCCCAGAUUCACUUGAAGCAGAAGUUAGCAUCCUGGGCCAGUUUGUUCUUUUGGAACCCAGAAUCUUUGAGGGUGAUGUGAUCUGUCUGAUGAUAUUGAGCAGAAACAGAAUGAUUUUGGAGCUUUGCUUUCUAUUGAAGGCUUUUGACGGUAACAGGUGGUAACUUGGUAAAAGGCUGCCUUUACUGUAGCUCAUCCAGCAUCUCUUUUACCAACCAGAGAGUGUGAAACUAGUUUCAUAUAUUACCUAGUUAUUCUUUCAAAAGAAAACAAAAAACAAAAAAAAAAACAAAAACUGACGCACUGCACUAGUUAUUAUUAGAUAUUCUUAGUCUUUUUUGUACAUGGAGAUUUAAGUUCUAAGAUGGUUUAUAUAAUAGGUUAUACCUACAUUUAUAUUGUAGAAUAAAUAUUAAAAAGCCUGUUCCAGAAGACUCCCAAGCAGCAUGGGCAGGCAGAUGUACCAUUGUUAGCGGUGUAUGCUCGGCCUCGUGGUCCAUAUAUUCUGCACUUUUAUAUUUGCCACCAGAGUGGUAGUUUGCUGGCAAAAAAAAAAAAAAAGAGAGAGAGAGAGAGAGAAACAUUACAACUCUUACAAUCUGAAUUUUUUUCUUAGCCUUGAGUGACCAAGAAGAAUUUGCUUGGGGCAAAUUGUGGCAAAUAUUUUCCCAGACAGGGGAAGAGUCCUACAGAUUACAGAUUACUGAUGUUUUCAUGCCUUGAGGAUUCUUUUAUUUUUACACAGGGGUCUAAGUGACCAAUGGAUUGUUCAUACAAACAAACAAACAAAAAAAAAGACAAAAAUAUUAUUCAGAAGUGACCUUAGUAUUACUUCACUAUUCUAAACACAUUGAAGACACUCACUUCAUGUGGAUUUGGAGCUACAGACCUUUUAUAUCCAUCACAGACAGACUGGACGGGUUGCAAUUGCUAUGCACAGCCUAACUGGCACUGCAGGUGUUAGAGCCAUUUCGAGUUUGUGCUGUUUAGGAGGUACUGAGGCAGUGAUGAGGGAGGUAUGCCUGACCAGAGUGGGACUCUCAGUCAUAGACCCACCUGCAAGUUUCUGUUUCCUUUUUGUAUUUUGUUGCUUUUGAACAUAAAACCAACCAUACAUAUGCCAGUGCCAAGUGGAUUAACUGGCUUAGAACAUUCAACAUAUUGACUUAACCACCUGACGUUCACAGUGUCUUGUUUCCUAGCAACAGAUGCAAAGGGAUAAAUCAAAAUUAGUCUGAGGCUACAUAUUUCACAGGGUAUUUGUUCUAUAGCACAAAGUAUUUCCCCACUUUUGCAUCGCAGCACAAACUACCAAAUUUUAAUUAUUGGAUUCCAGCAAUAAUUUUUAAUGGUUUUCAAACUGGCGGAAUUUUGAUAGUGCUAGUUCAAGUUUGAAGCUUUUGAAUUAGAUCUCUAAAUGGUGACAGUUUACAUGGUUUUAUCUAGCUUUCUUAUUUAUACUUGACUGAAUUGUAAUGAUGCUUUUUUUUCUAAUUGUAAUUUGACCUAAUAGCCAUACAAAACAUGACUCUAUUAAUACUGACUAGGUUUAGCUCCUCAUGGUUGUAGAUAUUACUUCAGUUUCGGUGCUGGACAAUAUGUACAACAUACUAACAGGAUAGAAAAAAUAUAGAGGUUUGUUUUCUUUUUAAAGCAGAUAAAGAGGGCAGCAGAGCACUGGCAUGGUGUCCUCGAAUACGCAUAUUCACUGUGGGGAUGGAGGAAGAAGGAAUUAGUAAAAGGUUAAUCAGAGGUUAUAGCUUAACCCCAUUCAAAUAGGAAUAAAUCAAGUGAGCAGUUCCAGAUUUUAGCGUAAUAUUUUUACUAUGAUGCUGUUUUAUUAAUAUUUUCUAAAUUUCAAUACAAAAAAUGAAUGUUUGAGAAUUGCUGGGUCCCGAUGUUGGUGGCUGUUGGAGUUUUGGACCACUUGGUAGCAGUGAUUUGAAAAUUAUAAUUAGCUAAAAUCCAAAAACAAAAAACCAACAACAAAAAUUGUAUGGUGCAGAACAUGCACCUUGACAAUGGUACUAACUUGUUAUUCUAUAGAACACGUUAGAAUAGAUCUAUUUUUGCCAGAGCACCCUCCUUCAGUCCUCCGAUUACAUUUCACUAGAGUCCUUUAAGAGAUUGCUGUAUAUUCAUGGGAUCUUUUUUAAAAAAGAAGCAAAACAAAAGAUUACUUUUUUUCUAUGUGAUUAAUAUCUUACUUGAUCUGCUUUUCCUAAACCUCAGUGGCUUUUCCCUUAGGCAGGGGUAGGGGCGGGAGGGCAACCUACUGGAUAUGACUGUUUUCAGAUACUUUAAAAACAAACCUUUUUGUAGAAAUGCUUAAUUUUUAAGCGGUUAGGCACUGAGAGUAGCAGAAAUCCUGCAAAGCUUUAUAGUUCCUUAGACACUCACCUUGUCGUCUCUCUGAGUGAAGUCUUGAUUUCGGUGAUAGUGCUUCUCAUGCCCUGGAUCUGCUGGAGAGGAGUGUUGGUAUUUUCAGGUAACAACAUCUGUUAGCACAAAUAUUUCAGACCAAUAUUGUAGUGCUCUCCCCUCAACCCCCGAUUCCAUUUUCAUUUCAUUUCUCUCAUUCUUUUUUAUUUUGGAAAAUCAUAUUGCUAUGGUGUGUACUUUAAUCUGCCAGCAAUUCCAUCUACACUAACAUUUGUCCCGCAGCAUCCUCGAGAGAAAAAAUUGUUGCACCUUAUGUAAAUCUCAAGCAAACCAAAAUAUGAUGCUCUUCUGCUUUGUUUUAUUCUAAAUUGUUGUAUCAUAUCUUUCUGAAACCAUUCUGAAUUUAGUUGAAAUUAUCAAUAUUUAUACUUUUAACCUUAAUUUCUGGAUUCAAACCUGUAUAUAAAUCUGUUGAAAAAAAAUUGUCCUAGCCCUUCUCUGCGAUGCUGGAAAUAGGAGAUUUCGUCUCAGAUGGAGACGUAGUACUGUUCCAGUUUUCUUUAGCCUUUUAUUUAUUUAGUUACUCUGGGUAUUUCCUAUGUAAUUUUGAAGUGUGUAGAGUAUAUUAUAGUAACUGAAGCUGCAGCUCUAAGAAGCUGAGUGAAAGAAAAAAAUACUGUAAAACAUCCUUUAAGUUUUUAAUUGUUUGGGUACUGUAUGUGAGAUCGGGAAAAAGAAAAAUGUCCCAUAGCCACAUUGGAAAUACAGGUUCUUGUCCCCAAAUUGGGUUAGUUCUCAGAUUUUAGAUCAAAAUUGUUAAAUCAUUACAACCCUUUUUAAAAGAUAGAUCAUACCGUUGUAAUUCCAACAAUCUUUUUCCCACAAAUAUCAGAAAUAUAUUUAUUUAAUUCUGUCAGAUGAGCUUUCUACCAAUGCCGUGUCCCAAUACUUAGCCAUGCUGAAUAAUUCCCACGUUAUCAUUGUUACUCUGGUUCCUGCCAUGAAAAUUGCUGGAGAAAGAAAAAAGUAGUGAUGAAACACUAUGAACAAAAAGGAGCAUCUGAACUGCUCUGGGUACUUAGAAUCCAACAUGUUCAAUUCCUGUCGUUUUCUUAAGUCAGAUGCUGCUCUAAGUCAUAUAAAAUUUUGUUUGUACUCUGCAGUCUUUGGCUCAAUGUAUGGAAGUGUUUGCACCUAUGUAAAAUCUCAAGCUACUUAUAAAUUGAUACAGAACAGGAGUAAGCUGAAAACUGAAUGGCAUGUCUUGUUUAUAGGGUGGGGUGGGGUGGGGAAUACCAAAUAGCUCUGUUCCAAGUUUGGCAUUUGGCAUUAAUGUGAAGCAGUGGGACCAUGCUGCCUGCUAAACUACUGUAUGAAUUGUAAAUGUUCUGAAGACCAGCAGCUGGAGGCUGGAGGACAGCAUCCAAGUGACAAGGAGAAGCAACCGCCGCCUCAUCGGAGAAGAGGAAGGGAAUCUUGGGAGGCCCGGAGUCGUCAUUCGUAACGGGCACGUUGGGGUGUGUGUGAUGCUGUUGAGGAGAUUCCCCUUUGCUUGCACUGCUCCACAGAGCCCUCGUGUAAGGCCAAUCUUCAUGGGCUACCUCGGCUUUAAAAGUUGAUUUCAGUAAGUCCUGUUAUAAAAGUUUGUCUUUUUUUGCUUCUACCUUCGGUGCCACUAUUUUCCACUGCAGUGUUUUUGACUUCACAAAUCGCCUUCUCCAGAGAGAACAAUGUAUUGCUGAAAAUGGGCAGUAGAAGCAAAUGCUAUCAUUCAAUUUGACCUAUAAAGUAUUCAGAAUGACUGCUAGGUAGAAAUUAAAAUUUAGCUUUCCCCAAAUAGGUCCUUGUUUUGCACCUUACAAAAAGUGUACUAAUGGUUAAAUUAGAUAUUGCUGUUGUUUAGACAAGCAUUCCCAAAGAAUUAGAUUUGGAUUUGUUUUAUUUGAAUUUUGGGAGUUUUAAAAAUUAUCUUACUUAGAUUGACUAACAGCAUACUUAUAAUAAAAAAAAGAAGCAGUUGUUCAGUUCAUCUUGCCAGAUGUGUCUGGUGAAGUAUUCAGGGUUUGAUGAACUGCUUUGCUUUAGUUUGGAAGUGAUAGCUAAGUUUAUUAUACUCCGUAUUAAAUGACUUUGUUCUUUUCACUGGGGACACUAUCUUCCUUACACUUCAGAACAAAGAAGCAACAAAAGAGUGAAUAAAAAGACAAAUAUAUUUGACUCCCUCACAAUAUCCCUAUCUGUAUGUGCUACCCUUUUCUUCUACAUUUUUUAAAAAAGUUUCCUCUUGCCAAAUUUAAUCUGUGAUAGUAUGAUUUAUACUAUAAAAUUGAGAGAGGAAACCUUGAAGUUAAAAGUUCUAUGGCCAUUGUGUUCUUUUUGCAGUCAGUGGUCAAAACUGAUCCUGCCCUCCAGUUGAUUUUUACGCACAGAACUAGUUAUUGUGAAAAUUACUACUCCUUCCAAAGAUUUCCUGAUAACUUGGGCCAGAAACUGGUUCCUGAGUAACAAGGAUCUAAUUCCAUGCCUCCAAACCCUUCCACACGCAAUGCAAAUCUUACCUCACAAGCUCUAACCUAAAUUACAGAGACACACGUGUUUCUUGAAUGAACACUGAUUUCGCUUUGCGGCCCACCACAGGGGUGGGCUUGUGUCCCCAACACCUCACAUUAGUGCCUCGGCUCUAAGAGCGGCAGAACUGGGGUAGGGAAGGUGUGCCAUCUGGAGCUCAGCGACUUGCUCAGCAACAUUUUUUUCAUUUCAUUAGCACUAAACAAGUCUCUUGCUCUCAGGAAUUUGUCAAGGAAAAGAAUAAAACCACCUGAGAUUCCACAUACCAGAUUAUGAACUUUUCUCAUAGGUUUGAAUUGCUUACUUCCAUGUCAUAAAUUAACCAUAGCUUCAUUUGACCACCAGGUCUUGAGUCUGUUGACAGUUUCAGCAUGACUGAAUCGCUCAUUUUUUUGCUUUCAGAAAUUGGCUUGGUUCUCUUUAGAGUUGGUGUAAACAUGCCAUGUAAUAAAUGAUUUCCACUUAAUGGUACAACAGAAUUAUUGCUUUCUUAGAUGUAUGUGUAGUAAAAGUCAAUAUACACAUUUAUAUAAUUUCUUUCUGCAAAUCUUAUACCUAAUUUGAUAUUUCUAAAAAUUGCACAUGUAAGUCAUGUGUAUAACAUGCUAAAGUACUUUAACUGUGAUCUUAAAACUGAAUAAAAAUAUUUAAUAAAACUUUGAAAUAUUUUAAA